AUGUCUCUCUCUCUCCCCUCGACAGCCUCGUCCUCUCUCCGGUCUCUCCGAUCCCUCACUCUUGGCGCUACUCGAUCAUACGCUUCACUCUCACCUUACUCUCCUCCCUCGUCAUCCGAAUACCCCCCACCUCGACGACCCACCCGUCCGUCUUCCAGCGAAUUCUUCACGGGCCGCCCAGUGUUCCAUGAAUCCCUAUCGGAGCUCGACCUCACUAUUGACACUAUCAAGAAAUCCCUACGGGUCAAACACAUAUAUCCUCUUCCAUCCGAAUUGCCAUACGUCAACCCUCCUCAGGCAAAUUGGAUCUCUAAAGAGGAAUUAUCAACACUGUUUGAUAUCAAAUUGCGUACGAACACUUUACGUCAGGUCCACGAACUUUUGUCGGAGUUGAAUCACCUUAGACACGUCUCGGACUUGAGUGGCAAUGGUGAACUUGUAGGAAAGAUCAAUGAAGUCUUGUCUAGGUACGAAAGGCGCUCUGCUUCUUCCUCUUCGUCUGGUGUGGAUUUCAAGAAGACGACCGAAGAGGGAGAGGGACAAGGGAUAGAUGAAUUUGGUAGAUCCUAUGGAAUGGGAAGAAAGAAAACAUCAAGCUCGAGAGUAUGGCUUAUACCUACACAAGCGUUAUUAUCAACUACCACCGAUAGUACUCCUUCAAGUUCGGCUUCGGCUUCAGCUUCAGCGGAAAUUUUGAUCAACCAUAUACCCCUUUCACAGUAUUUCGUCAGACCUUCUGAUCGAGAGACUAUCCUUCGUCCGUUGAAAAUCACCGGAUACCUCGGCGCGUUCAAUAUAUUUGGGUUCUCGAGAGGCGGAGGAAUGUCCAGUCAGGCUUCGGCCGUGGGAUUGGCAGUGGCUAGAGCGUUAGGGGUAGCCAAAGAAGAUGCGAGGGAUAUCUUACAGGCUGAUGGCGCCCUGAUGAGAGAUACAAGAAUGACGGAGAGGAAGAAGACGGGUAGAGCCAAGGCUAGAAAAGGAUACACUUGGGUCAAACGAUAA